AUGCGCGGCGAAUGGAAUGGACUACAAGCAUUAUUUCUUAAAGAUUUCCCAUUUGCUUAUUAUGUCUAUUGUUUUGCUCAUCGAUUACAACUAGCAUUAGUUGCAGCAGCAAAAGAUAAGAUGAAUAUUUGGCAAUUCUUCUCUCACCUAACUUGUAUUGUCAAUCUUAUUGCUUCCUCUCCUAAGCGUCUUGUUGAAUUAAAAUCUUUUCAAAGGGAUGAGAUUGCAUGUAUGUUAAGCACAGGUGAACGUGAAUCUGGUAAAGGGGCUAAUCAGAUUGGCACCUUACAUCGAGCUAGAGCUAAUCGUUGGAGCUCACACUAUGAUUCUAUGAAGGAUUUGAUUUGUAUGUAUACAGCAUCCUGCAGAGUUGUUAAAGUCUUAGAAACGGUGGACAAAGUCAAUAGAUGUGUGGGCAAGCUUCAGGUGUUUACAAGAGAAGAUGAUUGGGAUAUUUUUCUUGCCAAUGUGGUGUCAUUUUGCAAUCGACAUAACAUUGAUAUACCUGAUUUGAGUUCUCGUUAUGUAGAGGGUACAGGUCGUCAUUGUCAGCAACAAGAUCAUAUUACAGUUGAGCACCAUUAUCACUUUGACAUUUUUAACUCUGCAAUAGAUUUACAAUUGAUGAAGUUAGAACAUAGAUUCAACAAUGAAGUAAAGGAACUUCUUACUCUUAGCUCAGCUUUGGAUCCUAGUGAUUCUUUUAAAUCUUUUAACGUGGAAAAGAUAUGCAAUCUUGCUGAGAAAUUCUAUCCUUGGGACUUCACUGACCAAGAUGUUAAAACAUUAAAGUUUCAGUUGAUCCAUUAUCAACUUGAAGUAUCUAGUGAUACCGAGUUUCAGAAUAUUUCUUCUCUUACUGAUUUAAGUCAGGAACUGGUUGUAAGCAAGAAGUUUGAGUACUACCCUUUGGUUGACAGAUUGAUCCGUCUUGUGUUGAUUCUUCCUGUUUCUACAGCAACUGCGGAGAAAACAUUUUCAAGCAUGAAACGUGUUAAAACAGCGAUGCGUAGUAUGAUUGGAGAUGAAUUUCUUGCUAGCUACAUGACCAUCAAUCUUGAACGGGAGCUAGUUUGGAAAAUUGACUUGGAGUCUAUUAUUGACGAAUUCGAGUCUUUAAAGACUCGUCGAGCACAACUUAGAUAG